AUGUCAAAUUUAUCAUUACAAUCAAAUUCAUUCAAACUUAAUAUACCAAAUUUUAAUACUACUUCACCUUCAAGAACUAUAAAUCCAACUACUACUACAAAUUUCCACAAGAACUCAUUAUCAGAUUUAUCAAAAGUUGCAAUAAGUGCAUUAUACUCAGUAAAUAAUUUUCAAGAUCAACAACCAAGAAACUUAGUAAGAUCAGAUUCAAUAGAUUCAGAUAUGUCCUCAACUAGUAAUGAUAGAUCAGUAUCACCAGUUGGUAGACAACCACAAGUUAUAUUUGUUCAUAAAUUAUAUAAUAUGUUGAAUGAUGAUAAUUUACAAGAAUAUCUUCGCUGGUCACCGAAAGGAGAUUCAUUUUACGUAUUUCAUGGUGAAAGAUUCAAUAAAAAUAUUUUAGCUGUUUUUUUCAAACAUACAAAUAUGUCAUCAUUUAUAAGGCAAUUAAAUAUGUAUGGGUUUCACAAAGUUAAUGAAGCAGCAAAAGAUAAAAAUGGAAAUGAUUUUACGUUAUCAGAUUUAGAAAAACCAAACAAUAGAUGGGAGUUUCGUCAUUCACAAAAUUUAUUUAAAAAGGGGGAUACAUUAUCAUUAAAUAAUAUAAAAAGAAGAUCUUCAAAAAAUAAUAUUAAUUCUCAAAAAAACGUUAUAAAUUUAGAAUCAAUUGCACAAGCAGCCAUUACAAAAGAUGAAUCAAACGAAGAACAAAUUUCACCAAAACAAAGAGAAGAUGAUGCAUCGCCAAAUUCUUCAUAUUUUCAACCAACUCAUAUUCAACCAUUCUCAAUAAAAUUACAAUCUCCAAUGACUCCAAGUUCAAGUAGUUUAUCAAAUAAUUAUCAACAUAAUAUCAACUUAGUGGCACAACAACAACCAAUUUUUGCAAUAAAUCCACAAACCCAAUUACCACCACCUCCACCACAACAAGGACCAUAUGAACAAUUAACUCAACAACCAUCAAUGGAAUAUAUACACUCAAAUGAACAUUUUAAUGUACCACAAAGAACAUCCAUAAUCGAUAACAAUAGCAACAACAACCAACAAAAACAUUUUGAUCAUAUAUAUGAAGAACUCAAUAAUUUAAAAAGAUCAACUAACGAAUUAUAUUCAAUGUAUCAAAUUCAACAAAAUGUGUUAAUAAAUUUUUUAAACUUAUACGAAGAUAAUAAAUUAGAUUCAAUAACAAUAUCAAAUUUAAAAAAUUGCAUUACUUCAUCACCACAACCUCAACAACCUCAACCUCCACAUGAUUUAAUGUUAAGAAAAAACUCAUCAUAUAGUCCAUUAAGUUCAUCAAGACAUAAUUCUACUCCAUUUUAUAGAACAAAUUCAUUACCUUUAACACAAGAAGAAAAUUCAACAAAAUUGCCAAGUGUUGAACAACUAAAUAUAAAAAUUAGAAGUCCAUAUACUACAAAUGGUCCAGAAUUUAAAAAAAGAAAAUUAUAA